AUGGAUCUUAAAUCCGAGAGGGACAUAGAGGAAGGCCAACUCAGCCACACAGAUGAAGAAAAUCUCUCUCAUUUCUUCGAAGAAGUUGAAGCGAUUAAGGAUAAUAUGAAAGAGAUAACCAAUCUCUUUAUUGAUCUUCAAAGUUGGAACGAAGAAACAAAGACAACUCACAGUACCAAAAUUCUUCGCGGUUUAAGGGAUCGAAUGGAUUCAGACAUUGUUUCUGUCCUUCACAAAGCGAAGAUCGUAAGGGCAAGGCUCGAGGCACUUGAUAAAUCAAACAUGUCAAAUCGGGGAAUAUCAGCAAGAUAUUCAGAAGGAAGUGCUGUGGAUCGAACAAGAAUUUCGACUACUAAGGGAUUGAGAGCCAAACUUAGGGACAUUAUGAAUGAUUUCCAAGUUUUACGGGAGAAAAUUCUCUCAGAUUACAAAGACAGCCUCAAGAGGAGGUAUUACAAUGCCACGGGGGAGGUUCCUAGCGAAGAUGUGAUCGACAAGAUGAUUUCGGAAAAUGGGAAGGUUGCAAUUUUCGAAGAGAAAACCGAAGUGAAUUUGGAAAACAAGGAAAGGCAUGAAUCUGUAAUGGACAUUCAAAGGAGUUUGAACAAGCUUCAUCAAGUGUUUCUUGAUAUGGCUGUUCUUGUCGAGACGCAAGGUGAAAGGAUUGAUGAUAUUGAGCAUAAUGUUGCGAAUGGAAGAAGUUUUGUAAGUGGUGGCACUAACAGUCUUUUCUAUGCAAAACAGAUGAAGAAGAAUAGAAAGAAAUGGAUAUAUUGGGUGUGUGGCGUUGGCCUAAUCAUUUUACUAGUUUGCUUCAUUGCCAUGUUAACCUCUUGA